AUGGCAGCUAAAAUUUACCUCGUGGUAUAUGCAAUUAUAAUGUUGCAAUUAUCUUUGGUUCCACACAUAUGCCAGUCAAAACCAAUUGAUAGCCCAUUUGGAUUCUUAAACAGCUUAGAAGGAUCCACGAAAGGCCAAGAGAACGUUGAUGGCCUUCACCAGCUUAAAAGUUACCUUGCCAAAUUUGGGUACCUCGAAAAUCAAGUCGUGUUUGAAAAUGACAACUUAUUUGACGAGAAGCUUGAGAAAGCAAUCAAAACUUAUCAGCGCAAUUACAAGCUAAGUGUUACCGGACAUUUGGAUGGUGCUACAAUAACACAGAUGAUGAAACCCCGAUGUGGUUGUCCAGACAUUAUGAAUGGAAGGAAUUCGAAGCGAAACAAAGACGAGACAAGUAUAUACAAAAACCGAAAAUCCCGAAACGGAACAUCCUUGUACGUACUUGGUAAUACAAAAUGGCCACCCUCAAAGUACAACCUAACGUACAAAAUACUAAGCAAAACCCUAGUUCCCGGAACAUUCAACAUGAAACACUUAGUAGAGGAGUCGCUAAAACAAUGGGUAGAAUUUAGCCCAUUCACAUUUUCGGAAGGGACUGACGGAAGCAAAACCGAUUUGGUAUUCGGGGUAGCCCGAUGGAAUCGCGGGGAUGGAAAGCCAUUUGAUGGUCCAGGUGGAGUAUUAGCUCUUUCUUGUUUUCCAACUGGUGGGUGGUCUAGUUAUGAUGCAACUGAAAAAUGGAGCGAUGAUAUAGAUGACACUAAACCAGAUCAAUUUGAUCUGUACUCCGUUGUGCUACAUGAAAUCGGUCACCUCCUCGGCGUUGCCCAUUCUAAGGACCCGACUGCUGUAAUGUUUCCUACCUUUGGGUUUGGGCAGAAGAGACAAAAGCUCCAACCGGAUGAUGUUCAAGGUAUUCAAGCCUUGUAUCGUCCUAAUUAA